AUGGACCCUAACUCAAGCAAACCGCAACUGCCGCAGGUGAACACACAGGUAAAUCCACAGGCCCCGCCGCCCCCACAACCCCAGCAGCAGCAGCAGCAGCAGCAACCUCCCCAACAGCAGCAACCACUUCAGCAGCAGCCUCAACAACCUCCUCCACAGCAGCAGCAGCAGCCGCAACUGCAACUACAACAGCCGCCCCAGCAGCAGCAGCAAGGAAUUCCAUAUCAGCAGCCGCAGCAAUAUGGAAGCGGGCCCCCCUCACCCAGUAACCUCGCACCACAGGUGUCAUACCAGCAACAGCAAUAUGGAAGCGGGCCCCCCUCACCCCUCAACCUGACAGCUCCCCAGGGGCCAUAUCAGCAGCAGCAAUACGGAAGCGCACCGCCCUCACCCAGUAACAGUCUAGCGCCCCCCCACGGCUCACCACAACCCGGGUACGCCCAGCUAGCCGGCUAUUCACCCGCCCCCCAGCAAGCCGGCUACCCCCCCACCAUGCAGCAACCCGGCCCCCCCUCUCCGCAGGGCUACUACCAGGGCUACCCCCCCGCCGCCCCGCAAGGAUACCAAUACCCCCCGCAGCAGCAGCAGCAGUUCCCCCCCUCCCCGCAGGCAGGCUACGCCGGCUACCCCCCGCAAUACGCCGGCUACCCGCCACAGCAGUACCCCCCGCAGCAGCAGCCCGCCUACGGCUACCCCCCGCACUCCCCACACUACGACCCCACCUGGCAGCAGCCCGUCUACGUCACGCCCACCAUCACCUACCCCGUCAGCGCCGGCUACACCCUCGACGAGUGCGCGCCGCCGCACUACAACCCGCAGCCCGACGCCGACGUCAUCGCGAAAGCCCUCACGCCCAGCAGCGGGCUCAACAACCGCGACGGCGAGGAGGCCCUCAUCCACAUCCUCCCGUUCCUGGCGCCGCCGCAGCUCGAGUCCAUCCGCCAGUACAUCCUCACCAAGAACGGCGUGCGCGUGCUCGACCUGGUCGACAAGGCGCUCAGCAACGACUUCCAGGACGUGGUGCGCGCCGUCGUGCUGGGCCCGCUGGCGUUCGACGCGUGGCUGCUGAAGCGCGCGAUGGGCGGCGUGGUGUACAAGAGCGUGUACAUGGACAUGGUGCUGCUCGGGCGGCGCAACGGCGACGUCAGGGCGAUCGAGGCGGCGUACUACCGCGCGCACGGGAAGCACCUGGUGGAGAGCAUCAAGAGCGAGCUGGGCGGGCCCGUGGAGGCGCUGUUCCGCAAUGCGAUCGAGGCGCGCAGGCAGGACGAGAAUGCGCCUGUGGUGGAGGCGGCCGUGGAGAAGGAUGUGGUCGACUUGUAUACGGCCAUGGUGGGCAGCGUUGAGGCGCAUGUGGUGGCGGAGAUAUUGGUCACCAGGAGCGACGCGCAGAUCCGCAGGAUCACGGAGCUGUAUAAUUCGAAGUAUGGCGUGGGGAAGGAGAAGAAGCUGGAGGACGUCAUUGUGAAGAAGUUUAAGGGGCACAUGGAGGAUGCGUUGCUGUAUAUUGUGCAGGGCGCGAACAAUAAGGCGCUGAGGGAUGCUCGGAUGCUGGAGAGGACGAUGAAGGGCGUUGGCACCAAGACGGAGGAGCUGACAUACCGCAUUGCGAUCCUGCACUGGGACAAGGCGCACCUCGAGGCCGUGAAGGCGGCGUAUAAGGCCGAGUUCCCGAAGAGGACGGACCUGAUCACGAGGGUGAAGGGCGACACUAGUGGGAACCAUGGGAAGAUGUUGGUGGCUUUGAUAGCGUAG